AUGUCAUCUGAAAGAUCACCACCGAGCAAUCCUGGAAAUCAGGGUACUUCAAACCAACCAACUAUGGAUCAGAUACUACAGUUGCUACAGCAACAAGCGACAAAUAUGGUUCAGCAGCAACAACAAUAUAUGCAGCAAAAUCAACAGCCGCAUCAAAAUCGUCAAGUAGAGGCACCGAUGUCGACGUUUAAGUCAUUUCAAGCAAUUAAGCCCCCAGACUUUGAUGGAUCAAGAGGACCUAUUGAAGCAAGGUCUUGGUUGAAGGAAAUUGAGAAAGCUUUCAAAUUAGCAAAAGUAAGUGAGGAUCAGAAGACUGAUUAUGCUAGUUACUUUCUGAAAAAUGAAGCUAAUUAUUGGUGGGAAUCGGUAAGAGCUCUAGAAGGAGAUGAUGUGAUCUUGUGGGAUAGGUUUGUUGAACUGUUCUUAGAGCAAUAUUUUCCGGAGCAUGUACAAAGCCAACUAGAGUUGGACUUCUUGGAGUUAAAACAAGGAGAUAAGAGUGUAGCGGAGUAUGAGAAGAAGUUUAUGGAGUUGGCAAGGUUUGUCACAGCCUACGUGGAUACUGAUUUGAAGAAAGCUAAAAGAUUCCAACAAGGGCUAAGAUCGGAUAUUAGAAUUAGUGUGGCAGCUUUAAGAUUGAAGACUUAUGCUGAUGUGGUUCAAACAGCAAUGGUGAUAGAAAGAGAGCACACUUUAGAUAAAAAGGAGCAAGAGAGUAAGAAAAGGAAGGUGGAAGCAAUUGAAGGAAGUCAAGGCCAAGGAAGUUCUCAACAAGGAUUCCAGAAGAGGCAGAAUUUCCAACAAAAUAGGAAUCAAGCAUUUAAGAACCCGGGGCAGAAUGUUAAUAGGCAGUUUAAUAGGCCCCCGAAUCAGAAUCAACAAGGUGUAGUGAAACCUCCAACACCAGACUGCAAGAAUUGUGGGAAGAAGCACUCAGGAAUGUGUGGAAAAUUGAACAUAGUAUGUUUUAAAUGUAAUAAGAGGGGUCAUUACGCUAAUGAGUGUAGAAGUCAAGGGGCAAUGAGGUGUGACAAUUGUGGGAAAACUGGGCAUUAUACCUAUAAUUGCAAGAACCCGGCACUGGCAAGCGCAAUGGUACGCUUUCUGUUAAUUCCGUAG